UCAUCGCCAUUUGAAGCAGAGGCAUUCAUUUCGGUAACGGGUUUUGUAUGGUCUGAAACAAAUGGCUGCGGGCGUCAAGAUAGGAGGAACCGCCAUCGGCAACGGCAACGGCACCGUUCCGACUCACCGAGUCACCAUGUCCGCAGCUCUCCCUCUCCCUCACACUCUCUUCUUCCUCCGCACACUCCCCUCCCGCCCCCGCGCCCUCCGCUCCACUCGCUCCCACUCUCUCCCCCUCCGAGCUUCCUCCUCCGACUCUCCUCCAACUUCUUCUUCUCCUCCUCCAGGGCGAGAGGUGGAGAAUGUGGUGAUUAUCGGUUCAGGACCGGCGGGAUUCACAGCGGCAAUCUACGCAGCUCGAGCGAAUUUGAAGCCUCUGGUGUUUGAGGGAUACCAGGCGGGUCCGGGUGGACAGUUGAUGACGACUACUGAAGUCGAGAACUUCCCUGGAUUCCCUGAAGGAAUCACUGGUCCUGAUUUGAUGGACAGGAUGCGGCGGCAGGCGGAGCGGUGGGGAGCAGAGUUGUACCAGGAAGAUGUUGAGUCCAUUGACGUCAGAACUAGGCCCUUUACUGUCCAAAGCAGUGACCGUAAGGUUAAGUGCAACAGCCUAAUUUUUGCCACAGGGGCUACUGCAAGACGUCUCAGGAUACCCCGAGAAGAUGAAUUUUGGAGUAGGGGAAUUAGUGCUUGUGCAAUAUGUGAUGGAGCGUCACCACUGUUUAAAGGCCAAGUGCUUGCUGUUGUAGGAGGGGGUGAUACAGCCACAGAGGAAGCUUUGUACCUUACCAAAUAUGCUCGACAUGUUCACUUACUUGUACGUAGAGAUCAAAUGAGGGCUUCUAGAGCCAUGCAAGAUAGAGUGUACAACAACCCAAAUAUUACCGUGCACUUCAACACAGAGACUGUGGACAUUGUUAGCAAUACAAAGGGCCAGAUGUCUGGAGUAUUAAUUCGGAACCUUGAUACUAAGGAGGAAUCUGUGAUUGAAGCCAAGGGGUUAUUUUAUGGUAUAGGCCAUUCACCAAAUAGCCAAUUGUUGGAAGGUCAGGUUGAGCUUGACAGUUCUGGCUAUGUCUUAGUAGAGGAGGGUACUUCAAAGACUUCAGUUGAAGGUGUAUUUGCUGCUGGAGAUGUACAGGAUCAUGAAUGGAGGCAAGCUGUAACUGCUGCAGGUUCUGGAUGCAUUGCUGCAUUAUCAGUUGAGAGAUAUCUUGUGGGCAAAAAUCUCAUUAUUGAGUUUCACCAGCCCCAAACUGAAGAGGCUAAGAAGGAACUCACAGACAGGGAUGUUCAAGAACAUUUUGACAUUACAAUUACAAAGCAUAAGGGCCAGUAUGCCCUGCGAAAAUUGUACCACGAAAGUCCAAGGCUUAUAUGUGUACUAUAUACAGCACCAACAUGUGGUCCAUGCAGGACAUUGAAACCAAUCCUUAGUAAGGUGAUAGAUGACUUUGACAAAAAUGUACAUUUCGUUGAAAUUGAUAUUGAGGAAGAUCAAGAAAUAGCUGAGGCUGCCGGAAUUAUGGGUACACCAUGUGUUCAGUUUUUCAAAAACAAGGAGAUGAUCAGGACUGUAUCGGGGGUCAAGAUGAAGAGCGAGUAUAGAGAUUUCAUUGAAGCAAAUAAAUGAGAAGAUUCAAGAUACUUGUUUGCCUGAUGUCAUUUUGUAAUUCAAUUUUGUUCCUCCCAAAAAGGCUAGUUCAAUAAGACCUCCAUUUUCCACAUUAUAUGUGGUAAUUGUAUUCUCAUUACCUGUUGUAAUUGUAUUGAUCAACCAACAAUGUAGAUUAUUAAUAUACAUGCAGAGUUGCCAGUGCAUCGUUAUUUGA